AUGAUAACGACGGCGUCUCCUCCUUCCGAUGCCAGAAGAGGGAGCCAAACGGACAAUGUAGAGGAUAAUCAAUACCAUGGUGAACAUUCCAUAGACAAUUUUGAUGAUGAUGAUGAUGAUGAUGUUUCUGACAACCAAGUUGAUGCAAUUGCUCGUCGAAAGCAAGUCGACCGAUACAUGAGAUUCCUGACCUUCAUGGCGGCCAUUGGCGGCUUUUUGUUUGGCUACGAUACUGGUGUUGUUUCGGGUGCCAUGUUGCCAAUGAAGCGAGCCUUUCAUCUUACGCCGGAGCAGCAAGAAGUUGUGGUUUCUUCCACUGUCUUUGCUGCGUUUGUCUCGUCUUUGUUUGGUGGGACAAUGAACUACAAGUUUGGGCGACGGCUUUCCAUUCUGUUUGCCGCUUUUGUUUUUACCCUUGGCUCUUUAAUUCUAUUUGUGGCGUGGGACUAUUCGAUUCUUGUUUUGGGAAGGAUCAUUCUGGGUAUCGGCAUUGGAGUGGCAUCCUUGACAACUCCCAUUUACAUUGCAGAAGUGGCCUUACCAGAAAUGAGAGGCCAACUAGUUACAAUCAAUACACUCAUGAUUACCUUUGGUCAGUUCUUUGCUGGUAUGGUCGACGGUGUCUUUGAUCAAUUCUUUCCGACCACUGGCUGGAGGUUCAUGCUGGGUUUGGCUGCCGUUCCGAGUAUUGUCAUGUUUUUUGGCUUUCUUGGUCUGCCCGAGUCGCCGCGUUGGCUGGCCAGCAAGGGAAAGGUGGAUCAGGCAAAGCAAGUCUUAUACAUAUUACGAGAAACGAAUGAACAAGCCGAUGAAGAACUCAUGGAUAUUGUAAAGGCAUUGCCUCACAAGACGAUAGCCUCAUCGGAAUCAUUGUCAUCUUCUUCUUCUGGUCGUGGUCCCAAUAAUCAUGGUGCUACGACGUCCUAUGGCAGUGAUGGCUUGGGGCACGAGGGUUUGCACGACGAUGAUAGAAGAAUGAUGUCAUCACACCAUGUGGAAUAUGAAUCGUUUUGGAUCCGCGUCUACAACAUGUUGUCCCAUGCUCCCACCCGAAAGGCCCUCUUUUUGGGUUGCGGACUCAUGGCGGUCCAGCAAUUUGCUGGCAUUAAUACGGUCAUGUACUAUGCUGCCAGCAUUUAUGAAAUGUCGGGCUUUGGUGAAUUGACUGCCGUGUGGUUGUCUGGCUUUACUGCCCUGGCUCAAGUGGCUGGGAUUGCUACCAGUACUGUCUUGGUGGAUAAGGUUGGGAGACGGACCUUGGUACUCACUUCGUUGGGCUUGGUCUCGCUCUCACUCACGGGAUUGGCAACUUCCUUUUACCUCGCGCGCAUAUCGUCAGGAUCCAUUGACUUGCAACAGACGUCCUACCUUUGCCAUAAGCAACCAGCGACCACUUGGGAUGGCAUUACGGCAUACUGUUAUGACUGCACGAGCAUUCCUUCCUGUGGAUACUGCAACGGAGCCUGCGUUCAAGGCAAUGCAACCGGACCCUUUUCCUUUAUGAAUGGCAGCAAUGUCAUAUCUGGUAUUUGCCCCGCAUCUCUAGAAGAAAUGACAGGAACUGAGGCUAGUAUCACAACUGCUUGGCAAUUCGAUACGUGUCACAAUCCCUAUGGAUUAUUGUCUGUCUUCUUCAUGGUCAUGUACCUAUUCACCUUUGGAAUUGGUAUGGGAGCGAUGCCAUGGACCAUCAACAGUGAAAUUUAUCCACUCAAGUACCGUUCUCUGGCGGUUUCCUUUUCGACAGCAACGAAUUGGAUUGGCAAUCUGGUCGUCAGUGCGACCUUUUUGUCGAUUAGCAGUCCAAAAGUUCUAAGAGCAUACGGAGCUUUUGGCUUGUACGGUGGUAUUGCUGUAUUGGGAUUUGUCUGGUUGUACUUUGCCUUGCCAGAAACGAAAGGACUGUCACUGGAACAAAUUGAACGGCUCUUUCGGCACACGGCGGAUGGUGGGUACGACGUUAUGUCUUCAAAUCAUGCGGAACGACAAUCACUCAAAACAUGA